AUGGCAAAAGAGAUGGAUCGUUUCCGCGCUAAGAGUAUGGCAGAUCUACGUACUCAAGCGUUUGCUCGUCCUAAUCACAGCCAACCACUGACAUUUCAACGACUAUGGAAUCUUUACAAAAAAGUAAAAAUCAAGGCAGAUCAAUAUUUGAACGUGGACGGAGAUCAAGAAUUAGCGUAUACAUGUUAUUAUAACGCUGCCGAGUAUCUGAAUAUGAUAAUGAAAUGUGAAGAGUAUUCACACAUGCCACAAUUCUUUCGAACAAAAUUCGAACAGCAAUGGACUGAAUGCGAGCAACUAGAAUCUUCAUUACGGCUAGAACUGGAACAAAGGUACAAGAGGCAAAAUGUUAACAAACGAGAUAAUACGGUACCAAAUCCAUCAUUCACGUAUGAAAAUACACAAGUGCCAAUAUCAAAAGUACCGUUUUCUCGUUCGGAUACGCCUCAGCAACCUCGAACUCCAAGAGUAAAAUCGCGGAAUCGUGAAUGUGUCGUCUGUCUAACUCGAAAGCCUACCGCCGAUUUUCAAAAACUCUUUAGUCCAGAAUGUCGACAUGCCAUACGCCACAUUUGUACUCCAUGUGUUCGAGAAAAUACGCACAGAGCUCUCAAGGAUUCACCAGCAACCGAAGUUCGCUGUCCCGAGCAGAAUUGUAAUGUUCUAUUCGAUUUUGCCAGCGUUCAAAGCCUUCUGAAUGGAGCUAGCACGUCUCUGGGUCGUUGUGGAACAGCCCUUACUCGACAUGAAAGCCAUCUAAGUAUGAAUUGCAUUGAGACAAUGAGAAAUGUGGUCUUUUGUGCGUACGGAUGUGGCUGGGGUACUGAAAUACUUGGUACUAUGGUACCCUAUUUGACAUGUCUAAACUGCAAGAAGACAACAUGCACUCACCAUAAAAUUAGAUGGCACGUGGGAAUGACAUGCAGCGAAUAUGAUCAAAAACUAGAAUCCGAUCGCGAGAAUCGACAAAAUAAGAAAUACUUAGAUGAUCAUACGAAAAAAUGUCCUAAAUGCAAAGUAUCUAUCGAAAAAAACGGAGGAUGCAACCAUAUGACAUGUCGCAAUUGCAAACAUGAAUUCUGCUGGUCAUGUCUGACCGAUUACAAAUCUGCGGGUCAACAUCAAAAUUGCUGA